AUGUCCCACGGGACGUCGACGAUGUUCGGCUUCCCUGUCCGCGGGCUGACCGGGGAGGAGAGUUUGGGGGGCUGCGAGUGGGCGGUGGACGCCUUUAUCAUUCCCUUUUUCGCGCACACCUGCCCGGCGAAGGCCCGCGCGUUAUUGCAGUUCCGCAUUCACACGCUCUACCAGGCCAAGGCGACCGCGCGCGAGGCGGACCUCCCGCGCGGGGCCCUCUACGCCCUCCGCAUGCCCCCGCGCGCCGGCCACCCCUUCCCGGCCUACUUUCCUUUCCAGAACGCCGUGAUCGCCUACGCGAUGCGGCAGUUCGUCCUCGCGAGCGGCGAUCGCUCGAUUUUAACGCAGGGCGGCGCCGAGGUCGUGCUGGCCUCGGCCCUGGUGUGGUUGGAGUGGGGUGUGUGGGAGCGCGGCGGCUUCCACCUGCGCGGCGUCCUCGGCGCGGAUUGCUAUGGCGGCAUCCAGCACGACCACCUCUUCACCAACCUCAUCGCGCGGGAGCAGCUGCGGUGGGUGGGCGAGAUCGCGCGCGAGCUCCGCGCGGCCCGGCCGGAGCUCUGGCGCGACCUCCUCGACCGCUGCGAGGCGACCGAGGACGACAUCGCCGCGAUGGAGCGCGCGGCGGCGAAGAUGGUCAUCGUCUACGACGCCGAGAACCGCAUCCACCCCGUCGACCACACCUUCCCGACGAAAAACCGCUGGACGCUGAGCGAUCUGACCCUUCGCGACGACCGCGGCCCGCUGAUCGAGCGCUUCCACCCCUACUUGAUCUACCGCCAUCAGGUCUGCCAUAUCCCCGAUGUGCUCUUGGCGAUGAUGCUGCUGCCGGAUUGCUUCUCGGCCGAGGAGAUGCGGGCGGAUUUCGACUUUUAUGAGGCCAUCACCGCCCCCGAUUCCUACUUGCAGGGCUUUAUUAAAGGUGUCCUCGCCGCGCGGCUGCGGCUGGGGGAGAAGGCGAUGGGGUACUUCCGCCAGGCGCUGCUCUUGGACUUGGACGACGCCAUGGGGGACACCGAGGGCGGGCUGCACUGCGCGAACAUGGCGGGCGCGUGGUGGGUCCUCGCGAUGGGCUUUGCCGGGGCCAAAAUCACCCCCGAGGCCCUGCACGUCGACCCGGAGCUGCCGGCGGGCUGCCAGGGCUACGCGAUCCACCUCCGCCACGCCGGCGGGCUGGUCCGCGUCGACGUCCGGCCGCGGAUCGCGACCUACACCCUGCUUGAGGCCCCGGCGGGGACCUCCGGGCUCUGCCUCCUCCACGGCGGCCACCGCCACGUCCACCUGACGACGGCGGAGCCGCAGAAGGUCCGGCUCGGCCGCGAGCUCUGCGUCUUCGACUUCGACUGCGUGGUCUUCGAGGUCGACAGCAUCCUCGUCGGCAUCCAGGACGUCCACUACGCCGCCUGGAAAGGGGCCCUCGAGGAGUACUUCGCCGAGAUCGCGAUGCCGGAGUUCGUCUUGACGAAGGAGCUUUUCCUCGCGUAUUUGCGGCAUAACCGCCCGAUGAACGGCCUCGCGGAGCUCUUUAAGCGCUUCAAUCGCCCCUUCGCGCUGCCCAGCGGCCAGACGAGCUCGGAAAAGGGGACUAUCUUUUCCCAUCUGUUCAGCCGGAAGCUUCAGAAGUUUCGGCAAAUCAUCCAAGAACAGACCCUGCAGCUUCGCGAGGGCGCGAUUCCGCUGCUGACGAAUCUGCGCGCGAGCGGGAUUAUGGUCGGGGCCGUCACCGACAGCAAAAACGGCCGAUGGAUUAUAAACGAAUUACCCCAGCUUCAGGCGCUGUUUGAUCAUUUCAUCGACGGCGUCGAUGGGGAGAACUUGGGCUGGUGCUACCGUCCGGAGAUGGAUUAUUUCAGGUGCUGUGCGAAAAGCAUGGAUUGCGCGUGCUCGCGGGCGGUGAUCGUGAUGGAUAGCUCCGAUGGCUAUUCGAAGAGCUGUGUGGAGCAGUUCUGCAUGGUGAUCGAUGUGAGCGUGAACCAAGAGGCCCAGCAAUUUCGCAUACCCUGUGUGAAUAUUAAUGAUUUCAGCGAUUUGACGACCGAGUUGAUUAAUGAAUACAUCAGCAACGAAACGCUUCAGAACUAUCGUCGAUCCAGGCGAAUUGUGAAGCCGUAA